CACGAUCUGUCUGUCCUCCUAGUCUAAGUCUUCCUUCAAGGCAAGACACAGAUGUACCGUACUUUGAGACUGUUGUUCGAAGAUCCCUUCGUACGUGUUGGGCCUGUAACACUCAAGAUCUUUUUGUUAUUAAUCGAAACAGGAGAAUGUCUGUAUCGGGGACAUUAUAUAACAGAGCGUACAUCAUCAUGACUUGGACAGAGAAUAGCGACAGAGAAUAGCAGCAGAGCAUCGAUCCUCCAUCACUUUUCAACCCAACUUAACCUCCCCAUUUCCUCCCACCCCCAAAUCACAACAUCCAUUAUCAGAAUCAUGUCAACUUGCUAUUACAGAGCUCAUAGGAUCCUUACCAGGUCUAGCACAACAACCUGGAAGCCCUUCGCUCAUCACCUUGGCGAAGUUGAGCGUAAAUUUCUCGAUAACAUUACAGACAUUGACGAGGACCAAAUCAACCAAUUUCGCAACUCAGGACUUUCCAAUUUAACCACCCAGUGCAAUUCUAUGGACCCAGAAAGCUAUCAAGUCUUUCAUCGAUACUUCAACGUCUUCAACAGAAUGUUCUUCUUCCACUCUUUCAACAGAAGAAACUGCACUAUUCGAAUGAUCCACAGAGAUGGCGACGAUAGCAUGGAAUGGGAAGCUAACAAAGACUCUCUCGAAGAAGUCUAUGGACACACACUGAGAGAACCAUACGGCAGACCACAUCGAGAAAUUGUCCACUGCCCGAUUACUAUCUUCCAGAGACCCUGGGACACCCCUGAGUCUCGCCUUAAGAGCUACAUCGAGACUCUACUCCACGAAAUGGUUGACGCUUUUAUCGUAACUUACACGUGUGGCUGCGAAAUUUGCCAGGAGCUUUUUGCACAAGAAUAUGGUCAGAGAGGCCACGGAGAGACUUGGCAUGCUAUGGCGACAGCUCUGGAGGAGACUGUGACUGACAGGCUUGGAAUAGAUGUUUCACUCGGAAUCCCAGCAGCGAUGAGCGAUGAGUGGUAUAGAACUAAUGCGGAUCUUGAUGGUGUAGAUCUCCGACGCCUGGACCGAAGCAGUAUAGAGAAGUUGAUUGAACAGUGCUGGUUCUACAACGGAGAUCCGAGUGGCGAGAAUGAUGAUGAUAACGAUGAUAACGAGGAAUCGGAUGCAAGUGAAGAUUCUUCUGAGGAGGAGUAUAUUUACGACUGAAUGAAAUAUGGAUGAAAGCUGGGGAGAUUUGGCGCUGGCACCCAACGGUCGUAUCUAUCGCAAGAAUUGUAAAACAAGAUGCUAUUAUUUUAGAGCUCGUAAGACCAUGUAUGCCUUCC